AAACACAUGACGACGUGUAGGUCGAUAACUUUUUGGAUACGCGUGUAUUCAUUACGAUGCCCUUGUACUUUGUUAUUUCGUUUUUCAAUAAGUUUCUUUCAUUCGGAUGUGUCAUAUAUAAACCCUUAAUUGAUCGUAAUUUCCUUGUAUUUUCCAUAUUAGUGUAAUACAAUGUUGUAGGCAACUAUAUACUAACGCGGUAGUAGGGUGGGAGAACCAGCAACGUUGCCAGAAUCGCUUGUUUAGUUUGCGAUGUUGCAGCCUGAUGGUCAAGUAUCAGACGAGUGCAGUCGGUUUCUGGCGUAUUUACCGUAAAUAUAACCUGUUUCCACGUGGCGAAAAGUUAAUAAUCCAUUGCCCGGAGUCUUCUCACGCAAUAAUAUAACAUGUCUUUUAGAUGCCUUUAAGGCGUCCUCAUGUCCUGAUUUUGGAUUUUGUGUUGUUGAGUUGGUAUCUACAUUAAGAAAAGAAUGUAUUUAGUGCGAGCACUAAACUAAACUACUCGCAUCCCGAUAAUAACUAUUGGGUCAUUUGGAGAGAGAGGGGAGGAAGGCGUACCAGGUAGAAGGAGGAACAACCGCGACUUCAGAAUACUUAUGAACAACAAGAGAUAAUUAAUUUUUCAAGAUCAAAAGUGCAGAAUCUAUAUUACGGUCAAGUAUUGGACCUAAGAUCGAAGUGACCUGACUAAAAUCAAUUAUCCUACGGUACGAAGUGGGCGAAGAGCUUUCCCCCACCAUGAACUCUGCCAUUGGUGCGUCGAGUAAAAGGGAAGGGUUCUAUUCAUCAACCGUUCAAUAAAACGAAUCCGUGACGAAAAUUCCACGUAUAAAUGAUUAAAAGACCUCACAUGAAACGCUGGAUGUCAUCAACAAGUUGAUUAUAAAUUGGGCCCAAUAUAAAUUGAAAGAUAUUUAAUAGUCACUAAUGAGCAGUGACAUUUUACUGUAUUCAAUUUUAUAAUGGAGAAGGCACAAACUGGAACAGUGCAUAAUUCAGAAACUAGUUCUGUAAUCUCACGUGUUAAUAAAACUGAUAUUGACGAACUGUCAAAAGAGAAAGAAGAAGAAUUAUUACUUGGUGCAGAAGAGGAAGGAGACGAUGAAGAUACACUGUCCGAUGAUAGUUUGCGUUUGAGAUUAUCUGACGAUGAGGAGACUGAACAAGAGGAUACUGCAACAAAUGAUGCAAAAUUAAAAUUGCCGAGUAGAACAGCUGAACAACCAAUUUUAGAAACAAUUUUAGAUACAGUUGUAGAGAAGACAUUAUGUUCUGAUGUGCAGACUGUGGAAGAAGUUCCCAAGCCUAAUAGUGAAGAACCAGCGCACAGCAAGGAACACAAUACAGCAGUUAAGGUUCCGGAAAAUUCGGCAUUAGAUGAAUGUACAUCCAAAAACGAACGAGUACAAGAUAGUACACAUAAUUCAGAAAAAACUGGUACGACUGUUAGUGAAUCUAAUGAAAAGUGUAUGUUAAAAUCUAGCAAAGAUUUAAAAAUUACGGAUGCAAGAAAUUCAUGUUCAAAUGCAAUAUCUGAAAAACAUACAACAUUAGAAAAUGAUAAUUUAUCUAUAAUAAAUAAAAUAAAUAAUCGUAUACAGACAAGUAAUCUUCAAAAUGCAGCAGUAAUAAUUUGCAGUGAAAAAAAUCCAAAAGAGAUAUCCGGCGAUAGUAAAGAAAUAAUUACGACCUGUGAGCUAAAUAAAUUAAACAAUAUAGAGAGUAAUAGUUCUUUUGUACAUACGUAUAAUGUUAAGAUAUGUAAUGGUGAAAAAUUGUCUACGUCUACAAUUGUUUCUAAUAAUAGUGAUGACAGUUUGAUAGAUAAAACAAAGAAAUAUAGUAAAAAUGAUGAUCACUCUUUAAAACACACACAUGCCGAACUUAAUGAUUCAGAUUAUGUAGAUUUAAUCAAAUCCGACAAUUCUAACGAUUCAUCAUCUCAUAAAGAUACUAUCGCACGUAAAAGUAAAAAAAAGAAAUCAGAGCCUGUGGAUAAAACAGAAAGUGAUAAUGUAUCAAAUACAUCAAAAAUCACAGAAAAGGUGACGAAUACUUCGGCGAUACAGAAUCAAAAUAAAUCACCCAAUGUCAAAAACAAUGCAGAAGUAACGAGCAAAGACCGUGAUGUUAAUAAUAAAUCUGUAAAUGACACUGCAAUAUUACGGACCUUUGUAUUAACACUUAACGAUCCAAAUAAUCCUAAUAAUGAGAACGGAACUAAAAACGUUGGGACUGUCGUUUCAAGAAGAAAACGAACUAAAACAAUUGAUAAAAUACAAGAUACUGAGGAAGAUAAACAAGAAGAAAAGGAGAGUGGACGACAAAAGCGGAAGACUGCUAGAAAUGCGGAAGAAAUAAUAAGGAAAAAGUAUCUUAAUAGCGACAGCGAUUCUAGCGCUAGUACAGAAGAAUUUGUAACAUAUGUAAAGCAAAAAUUGAAUCAGGAUGUAUGUUCUUCAUCACCACCACCUUUAAAUCCGCUAUUAAAACGUAAUAGAUCGGAAAGCGAGAUUUUUAAUGGUAAUGUUAAGAAAACGAAGAUGAAUGUCAAGUCUGAGGAAAAGAAAGAUGUCGCACAAUUAUCCUAUGUCGAGAAAUUUUUCCGUAGGGAUAUUAAAGAGCGAUUACCAAAACUUACGCAGGAGGAACUAGAAGAGCUCCUUAUUCAAAAGAUCGCCGAAACGAUCACGAUGCGCAGCGAAAUUGGACAGCUCAGAGAACAGGCUCGCAUAUCAGAAAGAUAUCAGGAAGUAACACGUGUAAAAAUGCAGCAAUUAAUGAAGCAAAUAAAGGACUUCGAGAUGGUGCUGAUUCGUAAUGAGAAAGAUCGCCGUGCGAAUCCCGAUAAAACUGUCCCGCCCAUAAAGAUAAAUCGAUCCGUAGGCUUGCAAGUCAGCUUCAUAACGGAACAUGGAAUUCAAAACUUACGGCAAGCUAUGAAUAAGUCUACAGUAAACGCUACGAACAGCAGUAUUUCUUCAUCUACUGAGACGAAUAACAAUGCGUCAAGCCCGAAGCGCGGUGGAAUAAAAAUAAGAUCGCCCCGGUCCGCGGUGACCAUGUUUUCCCCUGUAGUCACGCAGAGCGUGGUCCAAACUGCGCCUCUUAUUCCGAGUGUGACACCCGCGGCUUUAGUUGUUGCUAAACCCAUGGAAACCCAACACACGUUAACGCUAUCCAACCAACCUACGAACGUACAGCCAAUCUUAUCUGCUCCGCAACAGCAGAUUCAGUCGCAGCCGCAGCAGACCCUUGUCUUAAAUGGCAAAAUACAAAAUCAAGUAAAUCGUCCGAUAGUUUCGAAGCUAAGAAGUAACGAUCUUAUUGAUCUCACAGAUGAGGAAGAGAAGAAUAAAUCAAAUGUGAAAGUUACGAUUGCAUCUACAAUUGACCAGCAAUUGAAUACUACAUCGAAACCUGUGCAGUCCUUCCAAAGGGUAAUACAAGCAACAAUACCGGCGAACGUAGCAAUUUCGCAACCGACUAGUAUAAAAGUGAUAACAACUAAUCAACAAGCAACACCAAUCAAUAAUGGAAAGCCGCCUAGAGUGGCGUAUGUGAUGCAAAGUGCGAGCACAGGCUCGCAGAGACCAGUACUGAUAACAAAUCCUACUCAGCAAGUACAAAUACGGCCAGUGAGCGCAUCUAACAGACCGCAAUUUUCAACUGUUACUUAUAAGACAGGAACGAUCGCGAAUGGUGCUGUGCGCGUACUAACCACGCCAGUUUUGUCAAAUGUUCAAAUAAAUAAGCAUCCAGCACCACUGCCAGAUAUUCCAAAUUACGCACCGACGCCUGGCUGGAAGCUUCCACCGCCUGCACCAUCGUUGAAAAUUUCAAAAGUGUCAAAUGGGAUAGUGCUAUCCUGGAACAUGAGCCUGUCGGAUAAAUAUGCGGAUAUUGCUAGUUAUCAAUUGUACGCGUACCAGGAAGUCGCUGGCGUAAAUCCUAACACGUCAUUGUGGAAGAAAGUAGGGGAUGUGCGUGCACUGCCGCUUCCUAUGGCGUGUACCUUGACUCAGUUUUCCGAGGGUAAUAAUUAUUAUUUUGCUGUCAGAGCAGUCGAUACGCAUUCUAGAAAAGGACAGUACAGUAUACCUGGAAAUAUUUCUUUGUAAAGGAGCAACAUCAAGUUUCGUGAUUACUAUUCCUUCCUUGUUUCUCCUUUAUUUUUAUAUUCUUGCAUUCGAUGUGUAAUUGUGAUAAAAAUAGUUUGUAGGUAAUCUCGCAAACAGCGUGGUUUAUAUUACGGAUUUGAUUUGACGAUUUAGCUGAUAUUCAUUAUUUCGGAAAUUGAACCCAAAUAGUAAUUGUUUCCGUUGGUAUUACACUCAUAAAUUCUUCCGAUCGCAUACAUAAGUAUAAUUUAUUGUAUAUAAUUUUUGAUUUCGCAAUAGAACAUUUUGUUUCUUUUUAUUAAUUUCUUUUAAUAGAUGAAUCUUCACACAUUCUUUUAGGGCAAAAUAUCGAUUUUCACAACAUAAUUGUAAUUUCUUAAAAGACAUUUUUAUGAUAAAUUCAUGAAAGUAUUUGAAGAUUUUUGCUUUUUGAUUUUUUAUUGCUGAUGAACAUUUAACUGUCACAGUACGUAAGAUAGAGAAUUCUAAGCAAAAGAGAAUUUUCAUAUAAUUUAAACAUACGUAAUGUUAUUCAAAGAUCAAUUUUUAAGGAAGUUAUUCGAACCCAAUUAAAGGUUCUAAAAUAACAAUGUACUUGCUUGAUUGUUUACGCUGAGUGUCACUGAACGUUAAAUGAAAGAUAGCGAUAGAUAACGACAGACAUAACAAUCGUAGCACAAAGUGGGGAAUGUUUUGUACAUUAGUUACUUGAUAUAAUUUCACUUCAUCGGAUGAUCUAUUAUUCAUAAUGAUCGUUAAAGAACUUAACUUCGAAUAACUUGUAAAUUAUUAAAUUAUAAGUACGAAAAAUUAUUGUAUAUAAAAGUUACAUAAUUUCGAGAGAGCUCAUUACAUAGUGUUAUUUUUUAAUACAUUUU